ACAUAAAUCAAUGAAUCAAAAUAAAACCUUCCUGCUCAGGAGGUAUUCUGUGACUUCCAGCGGAAGAACUGCCUGUGUCUUCACCUUGUAGUUCUGUGUGUUUAAUCAAUCAAAAGGUGUUAUGACAGCCUCACCUACAUGUUAAUUCCCACGGAUGUGUUGUGCAACCAGAAGCACGCCCCGGCACUUACUUAGGCCUACUUCAUGUAGGAAUUCAGCAGGGAGAAUAUGUAGCGAAUGGAAAAAGAUAACUUAAACAUCUGUAUAUAAAAGUGAACCAGGCAAGUCGGUUAAGAAAAACAUAUGAUUUACAAUGACGGCCUAGGAACAGUGGGUUAACUGCCUUGUUCAGGGGAACAGUGGGUUAACUGCCUUGUUCAGGGGAACAGUGGGUUAACUGCCUUGUUCAGGGGAACAGUGGGUUAACUGCCUUGUUCAGGGGAACAGUGGGUUAACUGCCUUGUUCAGGGGAACAGUGGGUUAACUGCCUUGUUCAGGGGAACAGUGGGUUAACUGCCUUGUUCAAUGGCAAAACAACAGAUUUUUACCUUGUCAGCUCGGGGAUUCGAUCCAGCAACCUUUCGGUUACUGGCCCAACGCUCUAAUCACUGGGCUCCCUGCCGCCCCAAUAUGACAAAUAUGGGAAAAAAAAUAGUUGUUGUGUGUUGAUGCAAUGUCUUCCACUAUAUUCUCAAUCCCUCGUGGGACCAACUGCUUAUCUAUUGGUCCUGUGGCGACUCGCCUACUCAGGAAUGGAAGCUGCUCAACCAACAAGUCUGAACAGUUUACAACGACUGCCUGGGGGGGGGGAAUUACUUCCAGACUGAAGUACAGUCCUUCAGUUUCACCAGGUCUGCACACGGAAUAGGAGCUUCCCUUCUCUUAAACACACUCUCUUGGCGUUGAGGACUACUUUUCCUCCUUAAGGAUUCGGACAGGAUCAGGCUUUGACUGUAAAAAGGGGACAGGUUUUGCCAGCUUCAUAUUAUGGAAGAGGAUCUUCUGAACGAUAACUGCACAGCAGAUAAUCUGCCCUUGUAUACAUUCUACGCCUCUGUGAUGAUUGUGGAGUUCACCCUGGCUCUGCCUCUUAACCUCUCAGUGCUUUACCUCUUCAUCUUCAAGCUGGACUUCUGGAAGCUGAACUCCAACAACCUUUUCCUGUUCAAUCUGGUGUUGGCUGACCUCCUUCUGCUAGGCUGUUUGCCAGUCAACGCCUACAAUUUUCUUCGCGGAGAGCGACAGAGUGUGGACGGAAAGAUCUGCAAAGCCAUGCUCUUCAUGCUGUUUCUGAACCGAGGCGCCAGUAUCGGCUUCCUGGCUGUGAUUUCACUCGAUCGCUACUUCAACGUGGUUCAUCCUGGGAACAAGGACUUUGUCCUCAAAAAGUCCCCUCAUAUAUCUGUCUUCAUCUGGCUAGUACUGCUCCCUUUGACGAUCCCCACCAUGCUGAAGACCGGCUGCUGUAGCAGUCAUGGGGACGUCACUGACACUCUGAGAGAGGUUGUAUUCUUCACCCAGAUUCUCAUCCCUUUCUUUGUGUUGGUGUACUGCACGGUCCGCAUUGUCAACAGACUCAAAAAGAAGACAGUAGGUGACAGGACCAAGCUGCGUCGAGCAGUGUUUCUGGUCACCUCUGUCAUGCUGCUCUUUUCUUUCUGUUUCCUGCCUUGUACCAUCGCUAGAAUUGUUCUGUUGAUUGUCAGAGCCAUGGAUUUAGAGAAUGCUGAGAAUAUAGCUGUUCAGGUCUAUGAUGGUUUCAUAGUUUUUUCCCACAUGGACUGUCUAGUGGACCCAAUUGUGUACUGUUUAAGCAGCACUAAGUUCAAACACCUCUACCUGACAACGUAUUGCCCCUGUCUACUGAGAAACAAUGCAGAAACGGUUGAAAGAACAAACCCGACACGAACCAACUUAAAUCUAAAACGUAACAACAACACACUGUAGCUAGUAGUCUAAAACGCAACAACACACUGUAGCUAGUAGUCUAAAACGCAGCAACAA